UCACAUGUCAUCGCCUAUAUUGUCUUGCUUUGUUCCGAGCUGGUUGUGCGGUGCUUCGCUUUUCUGUCUGCACCGCCCCCCUUCUCUCUCCUCGUCUUUUCUUCGCCCACUUCGGCCCCUUCCCUUCGUUCAUCGCCUUUGCCAGCUUCCAGCUUCCCUUGGCAGACAUGAUUCGACCGACCACCAACCACAACCCAGAUGUCUUCACCAUCAUCUGCUUCAACGACAGCUUCCAGCUUGCACUCGACCAUGCCACCAUCAACAGUCUACUGCUGGUGUGCAAACGUGCCCAGCCGCUCCUGAGCCUCAAAGUGACUCGCUUCCACACCUGGUGCAAGGAAAUAGGGUUAUGCCAUCUAGAUGGGUCGCUGCGGACCGGCCUCACACCCAGCGACCAAAUUGCCCUUUCGCUGCACUGCAAGGAUCAAGCGACAGCCGAUCGAUCCUGGCUCGUUGCCCAAGCAGAGCAGAAAUCCGCCGCUGCCUCAUACCUUCUGGCUCGCAUCCUUCAAGCUGAUCUUGACGGCCCGCAGCCUCAGGACGAGUCCUUGCACAAGGCCCAGCAGCAGCAAAUCUUCCAGUACCUGCAUCAAGCCGCCACCGCAAAUCAUCCCAUGGCACAGCUCCAUUUGGCAGAAUGCUAUCGCAACGGCCACGGAAUCAACCAAGACCACACCAAAGCCGUCGAACUGUAUCGGAAGCUUGCCGGCCAUGGAUUUGCACAUGCCCAGCUCUCCCUCGGUCGAUGCUACGAGAAUGGCGAAGGCGUCGACCAAAGCUUCAAUGCGGCCAUCGAGUGGUACACCAAGGCUGCAGACCAGGGCAGCGACGACGGUCGCCUCCGCAUCGUAUUUCUCCUGUGCUUGUCUUUUGGACUCGGAACCGCGGUGGACAGGAAGAAAGCCGCAGUUAUCUUUGAACAGCUGGCCAACGACGACCACAGCGACAGUCAGUUCUGUUUCGGAGACUGCUACCACUGGGGCCACGGAGUACCGCAGGAUCACUCGAAGGCGUUCCGGUGGUGGAAAAAGGCAGCCAAACAGGGCAACUCGUAUGGGCAGUGGUGGGUUGGCGUGUGCUAUGCCGGUGGGCACGGCGUCAGCAACGACUAUACCAAGGAAGUCAAGUGGUAUCGAAGGUCGGCGCAUCAGGGCAAUCGGCGCGGGCAGUACUGGCUCGGCUACUGCUACGAGCACGGCUACGGAACGGCCAAGGACACCGAAGCGGCUGUCUUCUGGUACCGCAAGUCCGCAGAACAGGGUUCAGAAGAGGCAAUCAACAGCCUUCGAGACCUCGGCAGUUGACCCCGAGCCACUUUGAGCGCUGGCUUCCAACCACCGCUCUGCGCCGCCGAAUGCGCAAGAGAUCAAGCCGCCAACACCCGCCAACACCUCGAUACCCAGACCAGACGAACUUGCGCGGUGGCUCCUGUGAGGCCGCACAGGUCGAAUCGCUGCAGCGCCUGACCUUCAAUACAUCCCAACAUACAAAAAUGCGCUGCCCCGCAACGUUCAGCGUCAUUGGCUGUCCAUAGCAAACAUUGACAUGGCUCCGACACCACAUUGGGUCCGGG